CACUGAAUUUCGAUCUGUUUUGAAACGGAUGCUGGCAUGUGUCCGAUUUAUUUCCUGCGAUCCUUGACGUCAGGAUAACGGUCAGGACGAGAACUUGAAAGCUUUCGAGAGCUUUCGUCGCGAGUCGACAAUUUCCGCUUAACCUGCAAUGACGAAAACUCAACUGCCCAUAAUAUUAACAAUCGUCUCGUCCUUCGAACGGCUAAUUUUGUUUCCUAAACAUGUUGUGAUCCCAUCGAAUUAGUUGCUUCUUAUUUGUAAAGAUGGUUGUGACACACUUAAACCGCGACUAGUCAAAAUCUUUUCGAAACGAUAACUGAGGUUUAUUUAAAAUAAUCGUUAAUAGUUGAGAUAGAUCGCUGGGUAGUGUGAAGUAGUUAGUGCAAAAAGCUUAGAAACGGAGCUUUCAAACGAGCAAUAUCAAUUUUUAGAUUAUCGAUUUAUCUUCCGUAACGUAAAUUAUAGUGUGAUAAAUAUCUUUCAUAGAUAGUUCUGGGCUCAUUUCCCGUUGUCUUAACUUAAAACACGUUUUGGCGUAAAUGCGAAUGCAUGUUCGAUCGAGGUAGCUAGAGGUUAGUUAUUAUUUUUAUCAGAGUGAUGUUGUGCCAAGUGGCAAUUUCUUAGCUGUUUAUGCUAGUUAUUUAUUCAUUCAGUAACGAAAUUGUCUUUUUAGAGUAAGAAAAACAAUUUUCUAAGUGCUUGCCUUAAGGUGGAAACCUUGUAGUGCCUAUUAUUUGUUAACAAUUUAUACAAAAUUAACGAAGACAUGACGCAUAAAUAAUAUACGAGUGAUAAACCUACAAUAAUAAACUGUAGUGCAAUUUCUUUUUACGAAAAUGUCUCAAUUGGCUUUAUGUAAUUAUACGAACAACAAUAAUAAUGACAACACUAGUGAGGAUUCUAGUCAACCACCAACCAUAUAUAGGUGUAGGGCACCAAUAGCAAGUUUAGACUGUAUGGAAGAAUUUAGCGCUGGAAGCGCACUCAGUGCACUCACCGAUCGCUCAGGUGACGGCGGAAUCACAAAAGAGCAACUUUUACUGAGCGGUUUGACUCAGUCAGCACCAAAUGCAGCUUUACAGCUUGCCAAACAAACGUCAACGGCCCCCGGCCUGAGAUACCGCAAUCUGGGAAAAAGCGGCUUAAGAGUGUCCAACAUUGGACUAGGCACUUGGCCCACAUUCGGACCAAAUGUCACCGAAGAGCAAGCCGAACAGAUCAUCGUCCUAGCUGUGGAAAGCGGAAUCAACGUGUUCGACCUCUCGGAAGCCCACUCAGGAACUAGAGCCGAGGUGGAACUGGGCAGGAUUCUGGCACGGCGCGGGUGGAAGCGGACGUGUUACAUUGUAACCACGAAAAUAUACUGGAGCACCAGGUCGGAAGAACGAGGUUUAUCCCGGAAACAUAUAAUCGAAAGUGUGAAAGCUAGUCUUGUCCGUUUGCAACUUUCUUAUAUUGAUGUUGUUAUCGUCCACAAGGCGGAUCCCAUGUGUCCAAUGGAAGAAGUAGUAAGAGCGAUGCACUAUGUCAUUUCACAAGGUUGGGUCAUGUACUGGGGCACAGCCAGGUGGUCCCCCGUUGAGGUCAUGGAAGCUUACACCAACUGUCGGCAGUUUAACUGCGUCACCCCCAUUGUGGAGCAAGCCGAGUACCACAUGUUCUGUCGGGAAAAAACCGAACUCUACAUGCCGGAGUUGUACAACAAGAUUGGAGUUGGUUUGAUGGCUUGGUCGCCCAUUUCCAUGGGCUUGACGCAGGGCAAAGAGGACGCCAGUGUGCAGCUGUUCUCCCGGGCGAGUUUCCGGAACAAGUACAGUUCGUUUUCCUGGACCGAGGACGAAACGACUGCCAAUAAAGACGGCUACAACUGGAUGAAGGAACGCAUCCAGCCUGAGGAAACCCGCCGCCAGUCCGAACGAAUCCGCGAGCUGAACACAGUGGCAGAAAAACUAGGCUGUACCUUAUCCCAACUAGCAAUAGCGUGGUGUCUGAAGAACGAAUCGGUGCAAUGUCUUCUACUUGGAGCCAGCACGGUCGUGCAACUCUACGACAGUAUACAGUCUCUUCAAUUGGUCCCUAAACUGAACACCACCAUGAUAGCAGAAAUAGAGCGAAUCCUAGAAAAUAAACCGUCUAGACCUCCCAUGGUGUCCACUCUGGCGCUUAGAUGACAAUCAAUGUGCCCCCCUGGCUCUAUCGGUCAGGGAGGCACAAGCAACACCGACAGUCCGAAGGAGGAUGACCUGAGCAACGCAGAUACUGAGACGAAAGACAGUCAGAAACUACCAUUUUGCGAGAUUCAGUGACAAAAAGUUACCGAGUUUGUAAAAACUCGUAAAAUUAAAACGCCCGAAGAGAAGCCGUUCAAGGAGAAGGUCAGAUGGAGCUACAGUCCCGACGAAGGGCCCAAGUGCACCACUGAGACUUUUUCCACGAAGAAAAAAGACAAAAAGACAGCCAGUCCCGUGCAAGUAUGAAAUAAACAGAAACAUGUUGGUGAAAUUCUUAUCUGAAGUUUGUGAUUUUUGAGAGUCCAUUUGUUUGUAGUUUUAAUAAUGGACAUUACGCUACCAUAUUUAUUGGAACUAAUCGGCUUGCGAUUUUUAUACGACUUUUUGAAACGAGCGCUUCACUCGGUCACACUUUGGUUGGAAGGCAGUUGUCUGAUUUGCUGUUUUAACAACUUCUAUUAUUGUAAUUAACUUCUUGUGCCUUUUCUACGAUUUUGUGCACACUCAACCACACUGCAUGUUCUCAUCCCUGAUAAUAUCGAUCUGUUAGGCAAACCUGGAGCUGCUCGUUUCAUGCAUAUGUGCAUAAGUAACUUAAAAUUGAGUUUAUUUCUACACAAUAGUACAACAAAGAGCGUAAGAAUGCUGGCAAGGCACAUUGUUUUGAGCUGAUUCUUGAUAGUAAUAAUGGAAUGUUUUAACGUGGUGAUAACACUGAGAUAACUACUUUUUAUAUCUUUCUACGAAACAGGCUUCACUGCUGGUCUUAAGAAUUAGUUAAAGCGACAGAAAUUGUUUUAGUUUACACCGAAUAAUUAUGUGUGCAUGCACUUUUUUCAUCAUACUUAUGUUUUAACUAGAAACAAAUCUUUGAUUAGGUAUUACUGUGCCUUUCAGAGCGCAUGUCACUUACUUUUUUUUUCAGUCUUAAACUAAAAACAGAAUUAUUUUGAAUUUGCAAACAACACUUACAUAAGUAUUACAAGUAACAAUAAAACGUGGAAGAAAACUAUUCUAUUUUAGAAAUACUUCUUUCUUUUGUACAUUGUGUAUAAUAAUCAUGUUAUAGACUAGGAUAAGAAAAAUUAAUCAAUACUGGAGUGACUGCUGAGUCGUAUUUUAACUUGAAAAUACUUUUUUGUUGAAACAAAGUUCAUUCGUUUCGAAUAACUCUGCAAGUAUAACCAAUUAAGAGUAAGUAGAUUACUUUAAAAGACAGUGAAUGGGUGAAGUAGUGGCUUUCGGAUUACAAAAUUGAACCAGUUGAAGUCUUCCAUCAGUCAUUGAACUUGGUUUCACUGCCGCUUCCAUUUUGUUUCUUUUGGCGCAGCUUUUGGUUGAAAAAAUUUAGAGAUAAUAUACAUAUCGAGGACAAAGCGUCCACUUUUGCUUCGUUUAUUUCCCGAUCCCAUGGAGCAACGAAGUGAAGCGGUAUUUGAUCAGUUUGUUCAGACAUUUUCGUUCAAAAUUGUGUAUUGAAACGAUUUUAAUGCACAAAAUACGUCUAUUCUACACCUUAGCAAUAUUUCUCCAAAAGCAAUGUAUCGACGUGGAUAUGAUGUAAAGUAGUCAUUUCGGCAUGAUCGGCUAUAGAGAGCUAUAAACACAUUCUGACACAUAGACACAAGCUUUACAUUGCAUUUAAUGGAAACUGUUUUCUUAUUAUGGACAUAGACAUCUUGCGGUCACGUAAUAAAUGCUCACGAAUCUGUUACUGUUUGUCUAUUUAUAAUGUUUAUUUUUAGAGACUAAACUCUAUUGUUGAAUUUAUACUAUAGAUUUAAUCAGUAGGAAUAAAUUUUAUCGAUACUAACUCGCUACGAGUAUUUAUAAACAAAUACGAGACAAUUAGGUUUGUGAUUUCUACUGUUUUAUAGUAUUUCGGAUUGUUUAACCAUGGGAUUUUCAAAAAUCCCACUGCUGGGUAUUACAAACGCUUGGAUUUAUUUUUGUAGUAGUCCGCGAUUUUUGAAAGUCCCAUUCUUGUGAUAAAACGUAAAUUUGCUCUGGUAACAUGAGUAGUUACCAGAAUGAGUUUAACUAAGGGCAUGUAAUAAGGCCUAAUUGUUGUGUAAAUAAAUCUAGGCUAAUUAGGCAUUUCCAUCACACGUCACAUUUUUUAACACAAAUUAAUAACAGAACAAGUAUUCCUGUGAGAGCUAAGAGUGAAUCGCUGUGGCGCUUGGAAAUGUCUGAUACCGGCUCAAAUAACUACGUUUUUCAAUUUACUUCGAGAUACUAAACUCGUUCGUCUGUGCAACUAUAAGCUUGUUUUUUCUUAAAAAAUAUUAUUACUUAAGUAAA